AUGGGAGAGUUUGCUCAGCUUGACAAAUUCUUGAACCAGGAGAAGUCCAGCUCUUCCAGUAUCUUGCCGACCCCUGUCAGCCCUGCCUGGUAUGACCCAGAGGCCAAAUCCUGGUAUGGCCAGCAAGAUAUGGUGGGCCUCUCCCGCAAGGACAAGCAGAGCCUUGUUUCCUGCGCCAUGUUUUGUCAGUAUGCCCCCACCGGCCGUGCUCGCUGCCGCCGCUGUGGAGAGGAGAUCGACAAGGGUGCACUGAGAUUGGGAUACCCCUUCCGUUGGAGGCAAAGUGAAGAUGCAUAUACUCUGUACCUGCACCCGGAGUGCUACGAGUCGUCUGUCUUUGGCAUCAAGGAGAAGGACUUAAGGAAUAAGAUCUUCGGGUAUGAGGCGCUCAACAACACCGAGCGCCAACGCUUGUGGAAGGCCAUGCGUUCGGAGAGUCGUGCGGCCAAGGCCAGCCGUGAAGGUGCCGAAGCAGCAGCAGAGUACUCUAGUGGCUCCGUGGGCGUCGUGACGAAGAACUUACCAGCAGUACCCGUUCCGAAGGACUUAGCGGUUCCCAUGUUGCCCUUCCAGAAGGAAGGUCUGGCCUGGAUGUGUCACCAAGAAGAAUCCACAGUGCGUGGGGGCAUUCUGGCCGAUGAGAUGGGCAUGGGCAAGACGAUUCAGGCCAUCAGCUUACUGCUGGCUCGCCCCUUGAAGGGGCCAUGCCUAGUGGUGUGCCCAAUGGCGGCUGUCCAGCAGUGGGUGAAGGAGAUUGCCAAGUUUACCAAGAAAGGAACACUGCGAACACUUGUCUACCACGGCUCAGAGAAGGGUAAGGUGGCCACGCAGUUCAAGAAAUGUGAUGUUGUGAUCACUACGUAUCAGACCCUCGAGUCCGACUAUCGACGUGAAUCACACAAGCAUCGACUGAAGUGCAAGUACUGCGGCAAGCUCUUUAUGCCCGAGAAGCUCGCCUUCCACCAGCGGUACUUCUGCGGUCCCAAUGCUGAGAAGACAAAGAAGCAACAGAAGACUGCUGCCAAGAAAGCCAUGCAGAGCAUGGGCAUUGGAAACGCUUCCACUUCGUCCUCGUCAAAGGAUUCCCCACCGACCAUCACCAACAUCUACCGCGACUUCAUGAAGCAGGCGGGGGUCGAUGUGAAGGCCAAAGGUUACUGGAACGUCAUGAAGGAGACCCGAGACAGGCUGCAGGCGAAAUCCUCCUCCUCGUCUUCAAAGGCCCAAGCAGGCGAGGAUGGCCUCAGUCGCGAACGCCUUACACUCCUGGACAAGAAGGAGUUGACGGACCUGUGCGUGAAGAAAGGCCUGGAUUCCGUUGGCCGCAAGCCCGAGCUGGUAGACCGGCUCAUGGAGUUUGCCGUCCGUGGCGUUGCCUCCAAGUCGACCCCGGCGAAGAAGGCAACACUUGCCAUGAAGCUCAUGGCAUCCGUGGCCCCCAAGGCGAAAGCCCAGCCUGCGAAGCCAGCGAUUGCCGGCAAGAAGCGGCCUUUGCUGCUGCGCAAGAGCACUGGCUGCUCCUCGAAGUAUCAAGGGGUCACACACUUGAAGGCCAGCGGCAAAUGGCAGGCCUCUUUCCAGGGCAAGUACCUGGGAAUCUUCGCCUCGGAGCUGAAGGCCGCUCAAGCGGUGCGAGACGCAGCCGAGCAAGCAGAGAGCAAGGGCAAGGGUGGCAAGGGUGGCAAGGCCAAAGACGUCAAGGCCAAGGGAGGAGCCACCCCAGCGCCUCGCAACGGCUUGGCCCGAACGGUCGCACAGAGGACUACAGCGACAGCGCAAGGUAAAUCGCCCGCCGUUGGCUCCAAGCGCAAGCGUGAUGACUUCGAGGAGAACGGCUACGAAGGCUACGAGACCUUUGAAGGUAUGCAGCUCGACCUUAGUGAGUCUCCGCUGCACAGCAUCGAAUGGGCCCGGGUGGUGCUGGACGAGGCUCAUCGCAUCAAGGGCCGCACCAACAGCACAGCGCUUGCUGCCUAUGCCUUGCAAGUGCAGAAGGGCUACAAGUGGUGUCUGACUGGAACACCUCUCCAGAAUCGAGUCGGAGAGCUCUACUCGCUGAUCCGCUUUCUGCGAGUUCGACCGUAUGCCUUCUACUACUGCAAGAAGCAGGGCUGCAAGUGCGAGUGCGCCUGCUUCAUGCGGGAGCGGUACUGCCCGAACUGUGGUCACGUACGUUUCAUGCACUAUUCGAGCUUCAAGCGAGACGUGUCCAACCCCAUCAUCAAGUUCGGCUACAUGGGUGCAGGGAAGACGGCGUUCCAAAAGCUUCGGCAGGACAUCCUGCAGCGCUGCAUGCUGCGACGCACGAAGGAGGAGCGAAAGGCAGAUCUGAAGCUGCCACCCAUCAAGGUCACCAUUCGGAAAGACAAGCUGUCAAAGCAGGAGAGUGACUUCUAUUCGAGCAUCUACAUGCAGUCUUGCGUCAAGUUUGACACCUUUGUGCACUCGGGCACGGUCUUGCACAACUACGCCCACAUCUUCGAUUUGCUGACCUCUCUGCGACGAGCUGUGGACCAUCCAUACCUCAUUGUGUAUGGGGGUGGGCAGGCGACGCACAAGCUGCCCUCGGGCAAAAGUUUGCUUCCUGCCAACGCUGGAAGCGUGUGCGGUCUCUGCCAGGACGACAUAGAUGAGACCGGCGAGGAGACCAAAAGAGAGGCCAAAUGCGGCCAUGUCUUCCAUGAUGAGUGCAUCCGCGCGUACAUCGCCGAUGCACCAGCUCUGAAGUCUGGAGGGGUUGGAUGCCCGGUCUGCUUUGCAAGGUUGACAGUCGACCUUGAGGAUGGAGACGAUGAGGGUGACGAGAACGAGGAGACGCCGAAGAAGAAGACCCGCAAAGCUGCGGUUUGCACGCCCGUGAAGACUGCCAGGCCACGCAGUGCAAGCCCAGCAGCCAAGGCCAAAGAGGCCAAGACAUCGGCAAAGCUUGCGCUGCCGGCACCGGCUGAGGGACAGGCCUCCACGAAGUCGGUCGCGAAGGGUGGUUUUGGACCCGGGAGCAUCAUGAAGAAGGUGAAGGCCUCCGAGUUUCAAAGCAGCACCAAGAUCGAAGCGGUCGUCGACGAGAUCAGCAAGAUGACGAAGAGCGAUCCCAGCGCCAAGGGGAUCGUGUUUUCCCAGUUCGGCUCGAUGCUCGAGCUGGUGGAGUUUCGCAUGAAGCGGGCCGGCAUUUCUUGCGUUGUCUUCCGAGGCGGCAUGUCCAUGCAGGCACGAGAAGAUGCUCUGGCAGCUUUCAACGAAGAUCCCUCCAUGAAGGUCAUCUUGAUCUCCUUGAAGGCUGGAGGAGAAGGCCUGAAUCUUCAGGUCGCCAAUCAUGUCUUCCUCCUGGAUCCGUGGUGGAAUCCUGCAUGCGAAAUGCAGGCCAUCCAGCGAGCACACCGCAUCGGACAGACAAAAGCCGUGAAGGCUGUCAGAUUCAUCACGACUGACACGAUCGAAGAAAAAAUUAUCAAACUCCAGGAGAAGAAGCAGCUUGUCUUCGAUGCCUCCAUUGACGGUUCUGCGACCUCCCUGGGCAAGCUCACGGAACAGGACCUGCGCUUCUUGUUCCAGCACUAG